UCGGCUCUCCCUGCAGCCCGCUGAACUACAUUUCCCAGGAGGCGUCGCGGCUGCCCUGCACCACGUCCGGCUGCGAAGAUGGCGGCUUCCUAGUGAUUCGGCAGCCAAGUUGGAGCAAGUCUCAGGCUACGUUUCAGAUAACAGAAAACACAACUCAAUCUGGCUUAAGCAAGAAAAGGAAGUUAGUGGCGUAUCGGACUGAUCCCAGGCAUAGCUGGAUUCAAGUGCUCAGAAGUCUGUCUGAUCUUUUCUGGCCACUCAGGAGCCAUGGAGGUGGUGGAGCCCAGCAGCCCCACUGAGGAAGAAGAGGAAGAGGAGGAAGAUGAGGAGGAGGAGGAGCAGGAGCAGUCAGUGGAGCCAAGGCCCCGCACGCGCUCCAACCCUGAGGGGGCUGAGGACCGGGCCCUGGGGGCCCAGGCCAGUGUGGGCAGCCGCAGUGAGGGUGAGGGUGAGGCGGCCAGUGCUGACGAUGGGACCCCUAACCCUCCGGGAGCUGGCCCCAAGCCCUGGCAGGUGCCCCCUCCAGCCCCUGAAGUCCAGGUGCGGACACCAAGGGUCAACUGUCCAGAGAAGGUGAUCAUCUGCCUGGACCUGUCAGAGGAAAUGUCACUGCCAAAGUUGGAGUCAUUCAACGGCUCCAAAACCAAUGCCCUCAACGUCUCCCAGAAGAUGAUUGAGAUGUUCGUGCGGACAAAACACAAGAUCGACAAAAGCCAUGAGUUUGCGCUGGUGGUGGUGAACGAUGAUACUGCCUGGCUGUCUGGCCUGACCUCAGACCCCCGUGAGCUCUGCAGCUGCCUCUACGACCUGGAGACAGCCUCUUGCUCCACUUUCAAUUUGGAAGGUCUCUUCAGCCUCAUCCAACAGAAGACCGAGCUGCCAGUCACGGAGAAUGUACAGACGAUCCCACCCCCAUACGUGGUCCGCACCAUCCUCGUCUACAGCCGCCCGCCCUGCCAGCCCCAGUUCUCCCUGACUGAGCCCAUGAAGAAAAUGUUCCAGUGCCCGUAUUUCUUCUUCGAUGUCGUUUACAUCCACAAUGGCGCUGAAGAGAAGGAGGAGGAGAUGAGCUGGAAGGACAUGUUUGCCUUCAUGGGCAGCCUGGAUACCAAGGGCACCAGCUACAAGUAUGAAGUGGCGCUGGCUGGGCCAGCCCUCGAGUUGCACAACUGUAUGGCCAAGCUGCUGGCUCAUCCACUGCAGCGGCCCUGUCAGAGCCAUGCCUCCUACAGCCUGCUGGAGGAGGACGAUGAAGCCACUGAGGUUGAGGCCACUGUCUGAACCAUCCCUGUGCAUCCAACCUUCUCGUACAAUUAAACCAUUGGCCUAGAGUGCUGGUUCUCAAACUGGGCCCCAUGGAACCCCUGGGGCGGGGAGCUUCAAGGAGGUACCCAGGGUACUUGGGAGCCCUUGAAGGAAACCCAAGAUUCCAGCAAGCAUCCCAGGGACUGUGGGCACCCAUUCUCCAUGUUUCCCAGGCCACAUUGUGCUCCCCAGUUUAUCAGUUGUAAUUUUUGUUCUUCUCUGUGUGAUUUUUGUCAUCAGAAUAAAAAUCUGAGAAAUCCCUAAGCC